CGCACCUAAUGAGUUGGCUUAAUAAGAGAGCGAACAUAAGCGACGUCUGGGCUCAAGACUACGCUCAGGGCAGCAGGUUCCGCGUCGGACUCGUUGCAGCUAACAAAGAAGUGACUACCUUGCAAACGCCGCGUUUUGUGACCCGGUGCUACGUGCUGACCUCACUUGAUAGAUCCACCACGAAGCCAGUCAGACACUCUACGCAACCACUAUGCGUUUCAAAUCGACCGCCAUCCUGCUGGACUUCUUGGUGCAAGUUCCAGCUUCCGUCGAGCGGCUACUCACAUUACUUGAGGUGGAAACCUUGCAAAAAGCGCCAGCUCGUGUUGCUAUGCUCGCGCUGGCUUAUAAGGCGUAUUCUAUCACCACUCUACGCUUCGAGCACGGCGUGUUUAUAGGCACACAUCCGGCCGCCGCAGUCAAGGCAUUCUAUCCUUAUGCCUGCAAGUUUCUUAUCGCAACUGGGCAAGCGAAAGGUAUAAAGGAUGCCGCUGUUGACGUUCUCGACUUUGGCGUGUAAGCGCUGACUGACAAGGCUAAUAACCGCCAGCUAUAGAGCCAAGCGGAUCGUGAGAAGUUCGUCCAGUUGCUUAGGAGCAAGGUGAUGAAAGCACCUCUGCACGCUUCCUUCUUGAUCUUGAUAGAGAACAAGGACUACGACACUGAUCACGUCCUAAAGGUUGACCAUCGCACCGCCGCUGAACCCACUC